GGGCGGGGCGCGGUCGGCCUGGCACCAGUGUCACCACCACUACUCGACCGACGCUGACCAUAGUGUCACCUCGACACACCCGCGCCUACAGCCCCCCACGAACGAAGAGAGGAGCCGCACGCCACGGUGCCCUACCGUGCACGCCCUCCUUACCGUGCACGCCCCCCUUACCGUGCACGCCCCGCCAGCUAGCUGCAGCAGCCGCCACGUGCGUGCCAGUGUCGCGCCCUCUCCGCCCCCCCCCCCUCACUGGCUUGACCUCAACGACUUACCCGGAGGUCGCCAGUUCGAUUCCCGGUGGCAUGAGUGCUCUAGUGAGGACAGUUACUGUUUGUGUGUUGACAGGUGAUUCAUAGUGCCGUCUGUCCAGGGACGAGUGCCAAUGACAGUGCCUGGCACAGAGGCCGCGCCAGUGACAGUGCCGAAGGCAGUGAAAGCAAAACACUGACGGUGAGAACUGUGGCACUUCAACGGUGCCGAUAACAGAGUUCGCAAAAACAGUGCCGAUAACAGAGUUCGCGAAAACAGUGCCGAUAACAGAGUUCGCAAAAACGGUGCCGAUAACAGAGUUCGCGAAAACAGUGCCGAUAACAGAGUUCGCGAAAACAGUGCCGAUAACAGUUCGCAAAAACAGUGCCGAUAACAGAGUUCGCGAAGACAGUGCCGAUAACAGAGUUCGCGAAAACGGUGCCGAUAACAGAGUUCGCGAAAACGGUGCCGAUAACAGAGUUCGCGAAAACAGUGCCGAUAACAGAGUUCGCGAAAACAGUGCCGAUAACAGAGUUCGCUAAAACAGUGCCGAUAACAGAGCUCGCGAAAACGGUGCCGAUAACGGAGUUGGCCAAAACGUUGGCAACAACGGAGGUUGUAGGAGCGUUGCCUGGAGGAGUGGCACCGGUGGUGUCCGGGGGAGGGUCCGGGUGGCGGCACCAGAGCGGGGUGCCACAAGACAAGAGCCUCCUGGUGGCACUGCCUGGUGAUGCCCCAUCACUCAACAUGACGGACGAGUCUCUGGCCAGCGAGUAUGUGGCGGACUUCAUGUUGGAGCCCCUGGACGAGGUCAUGGGGGUCAAGGAGCACAAGGACCUGCAUGCCAUGGGGGGCAUGGGGCGCGUCCACACCCACAUGAUGACUCCCCACAUACCCAACAUGCAGGCGGUGAGCAACGCCUGGAUGAACCACCAUCACCACCACCACCACCACCACCCCGCCGCAGGCAUCACCGGGGUGCCCACGCCGCAGGGCAAGCAACAGUCGCAGGUGCCUGGCACCCCUCCUGACACCCCCCCUGGCUCCUCCCCCACUAACGGCUCCCUCCCCCCCUCCCCACACUUCCAGGGCGUCCCCCAACAUACCCUCAUGGAGGAGAUGUGGUCCUACAACCGCUACAUGCACGAGCCUCUGGACCUGCGGCCCGGGCCGCAGUGCGGCGGGGAGCAACUGGAGCCGCAGUCGUGGAUGCUGGACCGCAAGUGGGACGGCAGCAUGACCCAGCAGCGGCACGCCCUGAACGGUCUGGGACCGACCCCCAAGAGCAGCAUGGAGCAGCAGGCAGCGUGCCAGAUGGGCCUGCAGACUAUGCCGCACCACGCCGGCUCCGUCUACAUCUCUGACGACGAGCUGGUGACGCUCUCCGUCAGGGAGCUCAACCGCCGCCUCCACAACAUGCCCAAGGACCUCCAGACAAAGUUCAAACAGAAGCGGCGGACGCUGAAGAACCGCGGCUACGCCCAGAGCUGCCGGACCAAGCGGCAGAACUACAAGACGGAGCUGGAGCAGAUCAACAGAAACAUGCAGAGCGAGAACCAGAGGAUCCAAGCAGAGGCCAGCCGCCUCAGUCAGCAGAACAGCAUGUACAAGUCUGAGAACGUCUCCAUGAGGCACGCCAUGGACAACAUGAAGAAGCAGCUGGAGAAGUCUGAGAGUGAGAUUGACUCCUUACGGCGGCAGCUGCAGCAGCAGCAGCAGCAACAACAGCAGCAAGCUCCACAACAGUCGCAGGAAGGUUCUGGAGGACAGGAUAUGUACUCCAUGUGACCAUGUGGGCCGCAGGAACAACGCCAGCCAUCACAGGCGGCCUCUCCCUACAUCAGGACUAAGAGAACCCAGGUGGCGUGGCCCGGUGGCCCCCGCGGCCCGCUCCCCUAGACCAGCAGGCAACCACCGAGGGGCCCCCGCUGCCCGCUCUUAGACCAGCAGGCAACAGCCUUCUUGUCCCUCCUUGGAUCGCUCUACCAGCAGGAAAACGCACAAUUGCCCUCCCCUAUGGACCGCUCUCAGCAGGAAACCGCCAGGUGGCCCAGCGGCGGGCCGCACUGUUACUCUUCUCGCUCCUCGGGCUGUGAUGGAGAGAGGUGAGCGCUGAGCCUGGGGCGUGGAGGUCCUUCAGGCGAGGGCGCUGUGCCCCCGCCCGCCCCCGCCCCCACCCAUACCCUGGCGACAAUCAUCGGGAGGUCUGCGGUGCGGACGGCAGGGCACGCCCCCCCUCGCCCCCCUCCCGCUGGCGGCAAGAGCGCCCACCAGGUAGCCGCCCACACUGCUGGCGGCAACAGCGCCCACCAGGUAGCCGCCCACACCGCUGGCGGGAACUACGCCCACCAGGUAGCCGCCCACACCGCUGGCGGGAACAACGCUCACGAGGUAGCCGCCCACACCGCUGGCGGGAACUACGCCCACAAACUAGCCGCCCACACUGAAGAAGACCAAGGUCUCCAAGAGAGACUAAGGCUGUCCAUGUGCUGUGUUUGUAGCUUGUUUUGGUUGUCUUUGUUGAGUCAGAGACCUUCUGCUGGGACGCACCAGACUGUUGCUGACAGUGUGUGGUCCCUGUGGUGUCCCUGGCGGCCCAUUAGUCUGCCAAUCACAGUCCCCUGUGGUGUCCCUGGCGGCCCAAUGGUCUGGCAAGCACAGGGGCCCAACAUGUCAACAAAGCACAGUUCAUGGUGGCACUGUUAUCAUAGAUAAUCACAGGCAGGGAGCGAGCACAAAAGGUAUAAACAAACAAUAUGGAGGAGCGCGGCUGAGUGUGGAAGCGUUGCGUGAACAUAAGCCAGGUGUAGCAUAAUGCACCGUUCAUUCCAUUUAACAUCGCUAGUGUCUGGCGCUUAAAAUAAUAAGUGUUCGAACUUGUGUGAAAGAGAAAGUUGUUUGGCCAACUUUGGCAGCCAGUGUUCACUUAAGUUAUCUCACAACUUACACUUGUCAGUAGUCAACCUCACGCCUCUUCCAACUUAGGCUUCAGGCCUCCAAGUCACAGUUAUAGGCCUACUGUAAUGUCACGGAGGCACAGGACUUUUGAGGCUGCCGCCAAUGACUUCAAAAUAGUUUUAAACUCUAGUGAGGAAAGGUUCAGGCGUCCACUGUCCCCCCAGUCAUAUUGUGUACACCCCUGUGUACUGGCGGGGGGUACUGCCCCCUUACCUUACCCUGAGGGAGGUACUGCCCCCUUACCUUACCCUGAGGGAAGGACAACCCCCUUACCUUACCCUGAGGGCAGGACAACCCCCCCUUACCUUACCCUGAGGGCAGGACAACCCCCCCUUACCUUACCCUGAAGGAAGGACAACCCCCCUUACCUUACCCUAAGGGAAGAUCAUCAGAGGGUCGUGAUCGCCAGUAAAUACACUUAGGUAUGUAAGGAUCCUGUUGCACAGUGGCUUCGUUCUCUACUCAUAAUCGCGGAACCCAGGUUUGAGUCUCAGGUGGGCCAGAAAUGGUUGGGCACGUUUCUUUCACUGAAUGGGCGUGGCUCCUGUUGUGCCGUCCUGAUGGGCGUGGCUCCUGUUGUGCCGUUCUGAUGGGCGUGGCUCCUGUUGUGUAGCCCUGAUGGGCGUGGCUCCUGUUGUGUAGCCCUGAUGAGCGUGGCUCCUGUUGUGGCGCCCUGAUGGGCGUGGCUCCUGUUGUGCCGUCCUGAUGGGCGUGGCUCCUGUUGUGUAGCCCUGAUGGGCGUGGCUCCUGUUGUGGCGCCCUGAUGGGCGUGGCUCCUGUUGUGGCAACUUGAUGGGCGUGGCUCCUGUUGUGGCGCCCUGAUGGGCGUGGCUCCUGUUGUGCCGCCCUGAUGGGCGUGACCUACUAUUGGCUGUUCAUCUGAGAGACUCGCGACGAAGCUUUGUAAGAGGAGCUGUGACCCCCGAGGGAGAGGGGGGGGGGUCGGUGACCCCGAGGGAGGGGGGGGGGUGACCCCGAGGGAACUAUGGAACUCAUUCCAUAGUUCUCAACAUUUCUGACUAACAGAUGUGAUAGACUAAAGUGUCCAGUCGCCCACCACCUCCCUGGGGCAGUGGGCUACCCUCCUUCACCUGAGGGCUCCAAGCUGCACAAAAUGGCUACUUCUCCCCACAUAAUUACUUAAACCUUUUCCUGCUCAGGCGCCAGAUUCACGAAGCAGCUACGCAAGUACUCACGAACGUGUACAUCUUUCCUCAAUCUUUGACGGUUUUGGUUACAUUUAUUAAACAGUUUAAAAACAUGAAAACUUGCCAAUCAACUGUUGUUAUAAACAGCCUCCUGGUGCUUCGGAGCUCAUUAACUUUCAUAAUUGUAAACACAGCCACCCAAUAUUGGGAAAAGAUGUACAGGUUCGUAAGUGCUUGCGUAACUGCUUCGUGAAUCUGGCCCCAAAGACAGCUAAAUUUUCAAUUUAAAAGUGUACAUAAAAACACGGUACAGUGGUUGAGUGCUUGUUACAUAAACUGCCUGUUAAUAAUGUCACCAGUACGGAACACGUUGUGCUCGGGGCAGAGCGCCAGGUAAGGAGUCGCCAGCCUUCAGGUAUCUUCAAGACGUCAUUAAUUUGUCUGACGAAAAAGUCCAAGCAAUGUUUGAGGGGAAUUGUAACCAUUUUCUACACUUUGGAGGUCUAAGCACUCAGAAAAUACCAUAGGCUUCCUCAGGAACUAAACUGUGUAACAAAGUAUUAUGUCUUCGUGAACCAGUGGCCAUUAAUGCAUGUAAAAUACACCAUACAUUGUUCCCUGUGAUCCUUAGGCUAGAAUUAGACUUUAAGAGGUCUGGUGAAUUCUUAUCAUUAGAACAUCAGUAAUCUAUACACUGACCUACCUCAUGUGGCAGAGAGGUCGAGAGUAGUCUGCCCGAUCAUCACAAUUUUCACAUUGUCUACUUUUUGCUUUCAGUAAUUAAACAGAAUUGAGGCUAAAUGUAUAGGAUCUGUAUCAAUAUUUAACCGUCAUAGCAAAUGCUUAAAUUUGACUGGCUUGUAUUCCUAAAUUUGACUGACACCUGGUUGAUGGGGUUCUGGGAGUUCUUCUACUCCCCAAGCCCGGCCCGAGGCCAGGCUUGAGAGUUUGGUCCACCAGGCUGUUGCUUGGAGCGGCCCGCAGGCCCACAUACCCAUCACA